AUGGCAGCUGAGUCGCUGCCUUUCUCCUUCGGGGCACUGUCCAGCUGGGAGCUGGAAGCCUGGUAUGAGGACCUGCAGGAGGUGCUGUCCUCGGAUGAAAACCGGGGCGCCUGUGUCUCACCCCCUGGAAACAAGGAGGAAGAAUCAGAAGCCUUCACCACUCUUGACCCCGCCUCUCUGGCCUGGCUUACCGAGGAGUCAGGACCACCAGAGGUCACACGCACCGCCCAGAGCCCCUGCUCUCCAGAGUCCAGUCAGAGCUCCCUGGCUCAGGAGGAAGAAGAGGAAGACCAAGGAAGACCCAGAAAACGCAAACAGAGUGGCCAGUCCCCGGCCCGGGCUGGCAAGCAACGCAUGAAGGAGAAAGAACAAGAAAAUGAAAGGAAAGUGGCACAGCUAGCUGAAGAGAAUGAACGGCUCAAACAGGAAAUCGAGCGCCUGACCGGGGAAGUGGAGGCAACCCGCCGAGCUCUGAUUGACCGGAUGGUUAAUCUGCACCAAGCGUGAACAGCUGGGACCAGCACUUCCAUUUCAGGCCACUUCUGACCCUUCCUGGAAGUAGCUACUAACCACAUCACCAGUGCCAAUGACAUACCCCACCACCAUCAAUUCAGCAGGGGAGAAGCUUUGGGUGGACAACAGAAAAGGGCCUCAGUGUGUAUAUAGAGAUUGUACAUUUAUUUAUUAUUGUCCACAUCCAUUAAAGUGACUUUCUAUGAUAAGCUCUCA